AUGAACAGACUCGCACUAAAUGCGUUGAAACUAAACAUCGGGAGUCUUCCCUUGCGCAUAACUUCCGCUGCGUACCAUGAAAAAGUGCUUGACCACUAUGAAAAUCCGCGUAACGUUGGUUCCCUGGAUAAGAAGGACAAACAUGUUGGAACAGGUCUUGUUGGUGCCCCAGCCUGCGGUGAUGUCAUGAAAUUGCAAAUAAAGGUUGAUGACGAAGGCCGGAUUAUUGAUGCCAAAUUCAAGACUUUCGGAUGCGGUUCUGCCAUCGCCUCAAGUUCUCUGGUGACUGAAUGGGUCAAGGGCAAGACCAUCUAUGAGGCCACUACCAUUAAGAACACCGAAAUCGCAAAGGAACUCAGAUUGCCACCAGUUAAACUCCACUGUUCUAGUAAGUAG